AUGUCUGAGAAUUACUUCGACCAGCUCCUGACGGUAGUUCACGACAUGCUUCCAGUAGAUAAUGUCCUUCCGCGUUCAACAGAUGAGGUGAAGAAAUUCUUGAAAGUGUUUGGUUUUGGAUACAAUCAGAUUCAUGCCUGCACAAACGACUGCAUUCUUUACCGUAGGGAAUACAAGGACAUGACAAGUUGUCCAAGAUGUGGCCUCUCAAGAUGGGAAAGGGAUAAGCACACUGGUGAGGAGAGGACAGGGAUUCCAGCUAAGGUUCUAAGGUACUUUCCUAUCAAAGAUAGAUUCAGGAGGAUGUUUAGAUCGAAGAGGAUGGCUGAAGAUUUGGUUUGGCAUUUCAACAAUGCUAGCUCAGAUGGUACAAUGCGGCACCCAGUAGACUCUAUAACCUGGUCCACUGUGAAGGAUAAGUGGCCACAGUUUUCUGACGAAGCAAGAAACCUCCGGCUUGGUCUUUGUACGGAUGGUAUGAAUCCUUUCUCAUUCCAAAGCUCCACCCACAGUACAUGGCCGGUGUUAUUAGUCAACUAUAACAUGCAUCCCACAAAGUGUUUGAAAGAAGAGAACAUUAUGCUUACUUUGCUGAUCCCUGGACCAACUGCGCCGAGCAACAACAUUGAUGUCUACUUAGCUCCUUUGAUAGAUGAUCUGAAGGAUCUGUGGAAUGAAGGUAUGGUAGUUUAUGACGCGUUCAAGAAGGAGAAUUUCACACUAAAAGCAAUGUUGUUGUGGACUGUCAGUGAUUAUCCUGGAUUAGGAACACUGGCUGGGUGUAAAGUCAAAGGGAAACAAGCAUGUACUGUCUGUGGAAAGGACACACCCUUUAGAUGGUUGAAGUUUAGUAGAAAGCACGUGUAUUUGGGCAACAGAAAGAGGCUGAGACCUGAGCAUCCUUACAGACGUAGAAGAAAAUGGUUUGACAACACAGUUGAAGAAGGGACUGUGUCUAGAAUAGAAAGUGGAAGAGAUAUUUUUGAGACAGUGAAGGAUUUCAGAAAUCAUUUUGGGAAACCGUUGGAGAAGAAUGGGAAAAGAAAAAUAAAUGUUCAGUGUGAAGAUGAAGUUAUUUCAGAGGAUGAUGAAUAUGAAGAAGACACAGAUCAUUGGAGAUGGAAGAAAAGGUCCAUCCUCUUCGAUUUACCUUACUGGAAGUCAAAAGAUGGUGUCAAAUCAAGAAAGGAUCUGGAAGAUAUGGGGAUUCGAAAGAACUUACAUGUUCAGCUCAAAGGGAAGAGAACAUACUUACCUCAUGCUGCUUAUUGGCUGAAGAAAGAUGAAAAAAAAAGAUUCUGCAAGAGACUAAGUCUAUUUAGACGACUAGAUGGAUAUUCUGCGAACAUUUCCAGUUGUGUCUCUAUCAAACCACCCACAAUCGGUGGAUUGAAGUCUCACGAUCAUCACGUGCUUCUGCAGAAUCUUCUACCAGUGGCUUUGAGAGGAUUACUCCCAGAUGGUCCAAGGAUUGCAGUUACAAGGCUGUGCAGCUUCUUUAACAGCCUCUGUCAGAGAGUUCUUGACCCUGAGAAGCUAAUAUCUUUGGAGAAUGAACUUGUGGAGACAAUGUGCGAAAUGGAGAGGUAUUUUCCACAAGCAUCACCGGAUAAAAUACUCAUCAUUGAUUGGACUUCUGAUGAUGUGAUUGCUGAGGGUGGUUUGUUUUCAACUGAUCCCAAGCAACUGGUCAACAACAUUCCCCUUGGACCCAAUGCUGCAAUUGUCAAAGUUGAAAAGGUGCUUAAGAAGAAUGCUUAUUUGUGGAGACCUAGUCCCGAGAUGUCAACCAUUGCUGAUGCACUUCAUCAAAGUAUCGCUUGGCCAAUUCAGAAGAUAGAUAUCAUUAACCAGUCUCCAAAAAGAGUUUCGCCAUUAUCAUCUUCACCUCAGAGUGUCAGUAACAGCUUGGACACUGCUAAAUCAAGUCCAGAGAAGAAGUGCAUCUUGUUAGAUUGCUUUAACUCGGGAAAGACUAUCGCUGAGGGCCGUGUUGUUUUCACAAAUCCAGAGGAUAGAGUCCACUUUGUCCCAUUAGGUGAAAAUGCUUCCAAGGUCUUCGUUCUAGUGGCAAAGAUUGGAGAUGCAAAAGUUUGGAGACCAAAUGCAGAAGUUGAAUUCAUAUCCGAUGCUUUUGGUACCACUGUGGCUUGGCCUAAUGACAAAGUUAUAUUUGUCUGA